CUCGGGCCUAUUUCCUCUUCCUUCAUGCGUGCGGCGAUCCCAUCUCAAUGCCCGCCGAGCUAAAUUCGACUAAGUGCUUACUCUGUUUGUCAUUUUAUCUCGGCACUCUAAUAAUUUUUGGCAUUUAAAAAGAGGCCACCGCUGCCGCUACCACCUGUCUCUUCCAUUCAGACAUCCGUCUUUUGUUAAGCAAUAUCAACAGCAACCAUGAAGAUCGCCGCCUCCACCGUCCUCGUCAACGCCCUCGCCGUCCAGGCCGUCCGCAUCGUCCAGUCCAACGAUGACGGCUGGGCCGAGCUAAACAUCCGCGCUCUCAACGAUGCCCUUAUCGCCGGCGGCCACCAGGUCCUCCUGUCCGGUCCUGCGGAAGACAAGUCCGGUAGCUCUUCUAGAGACGAGCAGCCUGAGAACCGCGACAAGCCAUGCGAGUACAACAGCUGCCCUGCCAACUCCCCUCCUUACGGCCACAACAGCACCCGCGAGGACCUCAACUGGGUCAACUCGUACCCGGUCACCUCGAUCCGCUACGGUAUCAACAUGUUUGCCCCGAAGCUCUGGAACGGCGCUGCGCCCGAGCUAGCUGUGACUGGCCCCAAUGUCGGCACCAACCUGUUCCUGUCGGUUCCCUUCUCUGGCACCGUCGGCGCGGCCUGCUACGCUUCGCACGAUGCUGGAAUCCCCGCCAUUGCCUUCUCGGGCGCCGACGACGGCCGUCACGCUUGGAACGAGGCCCCGCGCAAGAGCAGCUCCGUCUACGCUCAGCUUGCUACCAACUUGACCUCCGUGGUCAUUGCCUCGGGCAAGCCCUAUCUCCCCAAGGACGUCUUCCUCAACGUUAACUUCCCCAAGGUUAGCGACGAGUGCAGCGAUGCCUCCAAGUACAAGUUUGUCCUGAGUCGCAUCAACCCGGGCAUCUUCUCCCCCAAGGACGUCAACUGGUGCGGCACGGACCGUCUUCCUACCGAGGACUCUGUAUACAAGACCAAGGGCUGCUAUGUGCCUGUCAGCAUUGGCGAUGCCACUGACAAGACCACCAUCAACGAUGGUCGCCAGCAGGAGGUACUUGACAAGCUCAAGAGCAUCUUGUCCUGCUUGCCAAAGUAAAUUGUCCCCUUUGGUUGACAAAUGUCAAAUGUCACCUGUAUAUGUAUGAGCUCAUGAUGAACAUAAAACACGUUAGACUAGUUGCAUAUAAUCGGAGAAAAUGAAACUAAGGAGAGGCUUUUUUGCCGUUAUAUUUUCGUCUUUACCUAUUCAUGCUAUGCUACGUAGAUUUUCGUGAUCAACUACAUUUAUUUACCACCCUUGCCGGUGGGAAUGUUGAAGAGUACGACGCGGGGGCCCUUCUCGCCGGCCUCGCCCUCCUUCCAGUCGUUAAGACCCUUGUCGACUCUGUAGAAGCCGCGGCGCUCGAGCUGAAUGAUGUCGUCAGCCUUGAGCUCGCCGACGCCGGCAUCGCACCAGGCGGUGACCAUGCUGGCGGUGUUGGGGUUGAGGAAAUCCUCCACAUUGUCAUCCUCCUCAAGCUUGUCCUUGGUGAUGAGGUAGUCAAAAUCCCACAGCUCGGCGGGGACAAGCUUGAAGCCGUCGGCAGCCAACCAUGUAACCUUCUUCUCGGUAGCCUUGAAGUCGCCCUUGAGGUUGAGCUCCAGCUUCAGGCUGGGGAUGGGGUCGCUUGAGGAGAUCUCACGGACAAAGGCGUUGCCCCAGCCCAUCAGAGUAAUCUCCUCAUCGGCCUUGAAAGACUUGGCAUCCGCCUGGUCAAGGUAGACCUCGGGGGCGAAGAAGACAUCCUUCAUGCCAACCUCGGGGUUCUUGGCGUGCUUGGGGCGCUUCUCGCUAGUGACGCCAGUAGGCACAUCAGCGCCAGUCAAGGUGCACUUGACAAGACCGUCCUGGAGCAGGGCAGUGUGACGGGGAGCAACGGGGUCAAUCUCCUUCUUGUUGGCGUUCCAGAAGGUGGUCCAAUCCAUGGAGACAAUGUUGCGGCUAGGGCCCUGGCGAAUGAUGAAGUCGCGGAGAGCAGAAACAGUCAUACCACGGCGACGAACACCACGGACGGUGGGCAUGCGGGGAUCAUCCCAGCCCCAGACGUUGCCGUUGUCGACAAGCUUGGCGAGCUUGCGCUUAGACAGGAACGUCUUGAUGAAGUUGAGACGGGAGAAAUCCCACAUGUGAACCUGGCGGAGGCCAAGGGUGUCGAGGAACCACUGGUACUGGGGGUUGCGAUCGGUGUACUCGGUAGAGCGGAGAGCGUGAGUGAUGCCCUCGUGGCUGUCGACAACGGGGCAAGCAAAGUCGUACAUGGGGUACAUCUUCCAGGUAGUGCCGGUGCGGUGGUGAGCGUCGUUGGGGUUGCAGCGGUAGAUGACGGGGUCGCGCAUGGCCUUGUUGGGGUUGUCGACAGACAUCUUGGCACGGAUGCAGUUGGCGAUACCCUCCUCGGAACCCUUCUUCAUCUCCUCAAAGAUGCGGAGGUUCUCCUCGACAGUGCGCUCGCGGCGCUUGGAGGGACGGCCGUGCAUACGCUCGUCACGCAUAGUUUCCUGGUCGGUGUCGUCGGCAUAAGCCAUACCCAUACCAAUGAGCUUCUUGCACAUGUCGUACAGGUAGUCGAAGUAGUCGGAAGUGUAGGUCAUGGCGUCGGGCUUGAUACCCAUCAGGGCAAGAUCCUCAACAAUGGCAUCCUGGUACUCGGCCUUCUCCUUGGAGGGGUUGGUGUCGUCGAGACGAAGACGCAUCUGGCCCUUGUAGGCGACGUGACCGAAGUAAUCGCUGAGAAGAGCAGCCUUGGCGUGUCCGAUGUGAAGGUAGCCACUAUAAAGAUAUUAGAAGAUAUAGACAAUAAUUGUGAUAGAUCAUAUACUUACGAAGGCUCGGGAAGGAAACGAGUAACAACGCCCUUGUCAGUAUCCUGAAGAGCAAGGUUGUAGUUGGCGCCCUGGGACUUGGCCUUGCCAGCAUCGGCGGGCUUGUUGUCCUCCUGGAGCUCGGGGUGCGAUUGCUCGACAAAGGUGAACCAUCUGGUGAUGUUGGGAAGAGCAUUCUUGCGAAUGAAGCCCAUGGCAACCUUGUUGGCACGCAGAGUCUGCCAUACCUUCUUGUCGUCCUCGCUCAGAGUAAAGCCCUGGACGUAGGAUCGCAGGGUAAGGUGCUUGUCAAGGUCACGCAGAUGGGGCUCGAUGGAGCGGAAAUCGCCUGCCAGCUUGGCAGGAAGGUUCUGAAUCUCGUCUUGCUGCAUUUUGAACUAGAUGCUACCGCUGUAUGAAAAAUACCAACGUUAGCUAUAAUAAAAUCAAUGUGUUGCGUCUUCCAAGCUUGAC